GCGCGAGUGACGGCGCUCCGCCGGGAAGCCGCGCGACGAUCCCGGAAGCGCGCGGGGCUGCGGCCGCGGUCGGGACAGGCGGCGGGCAGCGCGGCGGGCCGGGCCGCUCGGGCAGGAGAAGAGGAGCGCGGAGCUGCGGUGACGGCGGCUGCUGCCUUGCCCGCCUCAUCCCCAUCCCCCGCGCGGCGGCGGUGGCAGCCAUGACGAACUUCAUCUCGGUGCAGCUGAAAAAGGCCUCGGAGGUGGACUUGGCCAAGCCGCUCUGCAAGUUCAUUCAGCAGAGCUACCCGGGCGGCGACGCGCAGGCCGACCACUGCCGCGCCGCCGAGGAGCUCAGCAAGCUGCGCAAGAGCGCGCUCGGCCGCCCCCUCGACAAGCACGAGAGCGCGCUCGAGACCCUCCUCAGAUACUAUGAUCAGCUGUGUUCAAUUGAACCGAAGUUUCCAUUCUCUGAAAAUCAGGUCUGUGUAACAUUUACAUGGAAAGAUGCUUUUGAUAAAGGAUCACUUUUUGGAGGAUCUGCCAAAUUGGCUUUGGCAAGUUUGGGGUAUGAGAAGACCUGCGUUUUGUUCAACUGUGGAGCAUUGGCAAGCCAGAUUGCAGCAGAACAGAAUCUGGAUAACGAUGAAGGACUGAAAGCUGCAGCUAAGCACUAUCAGUUUGCGAGUGGUGCUUUCCAACACAUUAAAGACACUGUUUUGUCAGCCUUGAAUCGAGAACCUACAGUGGACAUCUCUCCAGACACAGUUGGAACUCUCAGUCUUAUUAUGUUGGCUCAAGCCCAAGAAGUCUUUUUUUUAAAAGCUACUAGAGAUAAAAUGAAAGAUGCUAUCAUAGCUAAACUAGCUAACCAAGCUGCAGAUUACUAUGGAGAUGCUUACAAACAAUGUCAAUAUAAAGAUACUUUGCCCAAGGAGGUGUUUCCUGUUCUGGCUGCAAAGCACUGCAUAAUGCAGGCCAAUGCAGAAUAUCAUCAAUCUAUCGUGGCAAAACAGCAAAAGAAAUUUGGUGAAGAAAUUGGGAGGUUACAGCAUGCAGCAGACUUGGUGAAAACAGUGGCAUCUCGUUAUGAUGAAUAUAUAAAUGUUAAAGAUCUGGUUGACAAAAUCAACCGUGCACUUACAGCUGCCAAAAAAGACAAUGACUUCAUUUACCAUGACCGGGUUCCUGACCUGAAAGAUUUGGAGUCCAUUGGAAAAGCCAGUCUUGUGAAGUCUACUCCAGUUGUUGUUCCCCUCAGUCAGAAAUUCACUGACCUGUUUGAGAAGAUGGUUCCGUUGCAAGUUCAGCAAUCCGUGAGUGUUUAUAACCAGAGAAAGGCAGAUCUAGUGAACAGGUCAAUAGCCCAGAUGAGAGAAGCCACAAAUCUGGCAAAUGGUGUGUUGGCUUCCCUCAAUCUGCCUGCUGCUAUUGAAGAUAUAUCUGGUGAUUCUGUUCCUCAGUCUAUUUUGAACAAGUCUAAGUCUGUGAUUGAACAGGGAGGAAUUCAGACUGUUGAUCAGCUGAUCAAAGAUCUGCCUGAACUGCUACAAAGGAACAAGGAGAUUUUAGAUGAGUCACUAAGAUUAUUAGAUGAAGAAGAAACUACAGACAAUGACCUGCGAACAAAAUUCAAAGAACGCUGGCAGAGAACGCCAUCCAAUGAACUCUAUAAGCCUUUAAGGGCAGAGGGGGCCAAUUACCAAAAUAUUUUGAGCAAGGCUGUGCAAGCAGAUGGCCAAGUUAAAGAGCGCUAUCAGUCUCACAGGGAUACGAUUGCACUUCUGUGUAAGCCAGAGUCAGAACUCAAUGCAGCCAUUCCUUCUGCCAACCCAGCAAAAACGUUACAAGGAAGUGAGGUUGUUAAUGUCUUAAGAACUUUGCUGGCCAAUCUGGAUGAAGUUAAGAAGGAGAGAGAACAACUGGAAAAUGACCUGAAAUCUGUAAAUUUUGACAUGACAAGCAAAUUCCUGACUGCGCUUGCGCAGGAUGGUGCUAUAAAUGAGGAGGCUAUCUCUGUGACUGAGUUGGACAGAAUUUAUGGAAGUUACACACAGAAAGUGCAAGAGUCUCUGAAAAAGCAGGAAGAACUUCUCAAAAACAUUCAGAAUGCACAUCAGGAAUUUUCAAAGAUGAAACAAUCAAACAACGAAUCUAAUUUAAGAGAAGAAGUUUUGAAGAACUUAGCUGUAGCAAAUGACAACUUUGUGGAACUUGUUGCCAAUUUAAAAGAAGGCACAAAGUUUUACAAUGAGCUGACGGAACUCCUGCUGAAAUUCCAAAAUAAAUGCAGUGACAUUGUCUUUGCUCGCAAGACUGAAAGAGAUGAACUGCUCAAAGAUUUGCAGCAAAGCAUUGCUAGGGAACCCAGUGCUCCCUCCAUUCCUCUGCCUACAUAUCAGACCACAGCAGCUGGGGGAAGUAAACCUGCUGCAUCUUCAACUCCCACUCCAGCACCCAGGACCAUGGUGGGGACUAAGCCACAGCCACCAGCACGGCCACCACCACCAGUGAUUUCUGCAGCAACUAGUUCCUCUUCUACAUCAGCACCCGCUGGAACAGCUGCCGCUCCUGCUGCUGCUCCUGCUCCUACUCCAGGAGCCAGCGCACCUGCAGCAAGCGCUGCACCUUCACAGGCACAGGGACCUCCCUACCCAACUUACCCAGGUUACCCAGGGUAUUGCCAGAUGCCAAUGCCAAUGGGCUAUAAUCCAUACAUGUAUGGUCAGUAUAAUCUGCCAUAUGCACCCUCACCUGUGUUUCAAAACCCUGGACAAGCACCAUACCCGCCGCCUCAACAACCUGGAUACCCUUUUCCUCAACAGCCUUAUUACCCUCAGCAAUAAUGCAUCUGCAAAGAAGUUCUGCUUGUUAGAAUUUGGGAGAAAUUGGCAAUAAGCAUACUAAAACCUUUAGCUUCCGUUAGUGUACGAUACUGAACUGUAUGCAGUCUAUAACUCUUCUUCAUUGUUAACUGCUCAAAAAUGUCUAGAUCAGUUUUUGAUUACACUAACCACUUUGAAAGAUCUGUUGCAGUGGUUUAGAUUAUAGACUAAUGCCAGAAUUAGAGCCUAAUUCAGUGGUCUGAAACUGUACACUACAUGUUGGCUAGACCAAAAUAUUUCUUUUCAAAAAUCCUAUAAGUAAUAAAUGGGUUCAGAUGAGAAAAAUGAAGCAGUGCGAGCACUGGGUGUGAUAUAUUCUACAGAAACAUAUAGCAUUUCCCUCUCUAUCGGUUUGUAUUUUUUUGAGUUUAGUUAAAAUAUGCUAUUUUGUCUAAUAAUCAAGGCCUUGUAAAUCUUCAGUAAAAAAAUAAAUUACUUAAGAAUGGUUUAAACACUUGGCAUUCUCGUUACCGUAAAAAUGUGUUUUGUGCGUCUGUAGAUUCUUUCAUUUGUCCCUUGACUUGCAUAACGUAAAGAUAACUUCUCAAGUGUUUAGCCUUACAACUGAUUUCCACCUCUUUUCCUUGAUUCUGUAUUUUUGUGACAGAAUCUAUAAUUAACCAUUUAAAUGUUGGUAGAUGAAGUCUUGUGGAUAAAAUUUUCCUAUAACUUUGAAGUGUAUUGGACUAAUAGAUGUUCAUUACAGACUUAAAAGAACGAUUAUAUUUGUCUCCAGAACACUACAUAAAGAGGAGAGAUCAGGGUCCCUUUUACCAACCAGUGACUGGUUGGUCUAACCCACGUUUUCCAAAGAAAUAUUGAUCAGGAAUGUGUUAUGGCUCCAAACAGAGCAACUAUUGAUUGUUGGAGCUUUUCAGAUCAUGUUUUUAAAUGAUUGCUUUUUUCCCUUGAAAAAAUUAAUGUAUUCCCUCAGGGAGCUUGUUAUCAGUGGAGAAGCUUUUUUGGGGGGGAAGGGAGGAAAGAAAUAUUUUCUUGUAAGUUAAAGCACAUUGAAUGUUUACUUGUAGAUCCAUCUUCUCAAGGGAUUAAUAAACCUGCACUACAUUUUGCAUUAGAUAACAAAGAAUAUAAGUUUGUGCUUAAUGGCUUCUACCAAAUAUUUGCUAACCAUCUUUCAGUCCUUUUUUUCUUCUUUUUAAACAUGCUUGUCUAGUGAGGGACUCUCCAUUCUUUUAGCUUUUGACAAACGUUACUUGGUUCCGUGGGACAGUUAAUUUGUUGAGUGUUUCAUGCAAGAGGUUCCAGCCUUACAGAAUAGCUAUCACAGUACCAAUGUUAAAUGUUACUGCUUUGUUUUUCUAUUUAAGUGCCUGAUUUAAAUAUCGAGGUAUAUUUUAAUGUUAGGGGUUUAGAGGGUGCCAGUUAUUGUAGCAUCUGGGUGGAAACCUCACUGGAUCUUGAGUACUCCUCUUCGUAAAGAAAGCAGCGUACGUGUCCGUAUGAGCUCCUUUCUUUGUCUCAAGUUCUUGCUAUGUGAUCACUCUGAUUACUUGGUGAAGACCACUUGUCUUUAUUACUCCCUGAUCCUCAUACAGAAAUACGGAUCAAAAGAUGAAAAAUAAGCAUCCCUUAUAGAACAUAAGUAUCUAAAUCUAAAAAAAAUAUGAUUAAUCCUGUAGAAGGUCAGUCAUGUGGGGGAAUAGGAUGAAGUAAGGGAAUACAGCGCCAUAGAUAAACUGAGCACAAGGACAGGUGCUUUACAUUUCUUUAUAAACAUUGCUGAAUGGGGUGGCACAGGAACCUCUCGGAUUAUUUUUUUCACGUGAUGCUAAUGCAUAAGAGGCAAGCGAGGACAAUGAGAAAAAGCUAGGAAGGCAACUGUUUGGAACCAGCAAUCAGAACCUGAUUUUACUCUAACUGGAAAAUCAGUAGUUUUCCACUAAUUUCACUGUGUCAAUGUGAGCAAGUGCAAAUCUAAGGCAACCUUUUAAAUUCUAGAUUUCUAGCACACUCUGGCCUGUAGAUUUUUUUCAGUUCGCGCAUUAGAUGCAUUUGAGCUAUUGUGUAAUUUUGUUUCUAGUGCCUCAAUUUAUAAAGCUUAUUUUAAUGCUGUAUAAAAAAAUGUAAUUUGUUCAGCAGAAAGAUUCCGAGAACUGAAAUUUCCUUUUUAAAGUUACAUAGAUCUGGAAUCGCUGUUCAAACGUUUUUCCAGUUGUGUUACUGCUUGCUUUAGUCUGCUAUUAUUUGAAUAUGUAUAGAAAUCUAUGCAUUCUGUUCAGCUUUCACAUGACCAUUUUUCUAUCUCUUUUUUUUUUUUUUCUUAAAGAAAAUAGAAAAAUCCAGAAAACUAUAUGUAUCUGCUUUUAAGCAUGCAGCUGUCAUGACUUUGGUUGAAAUGUUAUCUUGUUCUUCUAUAGUUUAUUAAAAAAAAUCAGUUAGAAAACCUGA